AUGAUAGGUUUGAAAAGCUAUGACAAAAUUAGUGUAGAUGACAUAUAUAGCGUGGCCACUACAUUACACAACUGGAGCACAAACAAAGACCACCUGGAACAUAUUGUUGACAAAGCAAAAGCGUUUCAAGAAUACAUAGAAACAAAUCCUGAAAUCCUUCAAAUGUUAUUACGAUCAAGUGUAACUCUCGGUGAGGCGAUUCGGAAUCUACAGUGUUUCACAAGCUACAAAGAAAUGUUUGAUGGUGCAGGAGAACUAUGUAAACAAUCAGUUUCCUUGUGUAUGCCAUCCAGUUUGAAAAUAAUGCAACAAUGGAAACUUAUUUGUCUUGUUCGACCUGUAAUAGAAUCACGCUGCGUUCCUCUGUCUACUUUCUACCAAUGGCACGAAGAGCCGUCUGUUGAUGAUGUCCUCGAAAACCUGAAGAGAGUUAAAAAGGUCAUUUCGAACAGAAAGUAUGAGCAAACACUUCGUUCGAUGGUUGUUGAAGCAUUUCAAUAUUUACACCAGAGACUUAGAGAGUCAAUCGAAAGGAAACAAGCGUUUGUGCAGAAUGCACUGAUAUGGACAGAGAAUGGAUUUUGUACCCCGGAUAGGGCUAUAAUUGAACGAGAAGGAGUAACAAGUAUCAACCUCUCACCAUAUUUUAAAUUCAUUCCCCGUGAAUUUGAAAACAUGAGGCGCCUGUUUCUGGAAAUUGGUUGUAAUUUAACAGAAGAUAAAACUGUGCUGGCGCGUUUUUUGCAUGACAUUAGAGAAAAAUAUUUACAAGAACAUAUAACAGGUGAUGAAGGUUUUGACAGAACUCGUGUUUCUUCGGUUUUAGAUCGUUUGGCAAACGAAACUAUUGACGAGGAAUGGUUACAGUCAAACGUCAUCAUAAUGGUUGAAACGACUGAAAAUCGAAUUGAAUUUGCAGAACUUACAGCUUGUGUGUACGAUGACGAACCAGAAAUGUAUAUGGAAGCAAGCGAUGAAGGUGCCCAAUUUAAGUUUGUUCAUCCAUCUCUGAACCACCAAACGUUAAUUAAAUUGGGCGUGAAAUCGGUCACAAGAAGCUGUUUAUUGGCUGCCGAAGAUGUAGGGAUAGAGGAAUGGGGACAAAAUGAACAGCUAACUACUAGGUUAAAUAACAUUUUAAUAGAUAGCUACACUGACGGCCUUUCUGUUCCAAAGGAAUUAAUACAAAAUGCUGACGAUGCUCAUGCCACUCAAGUGUCAUUUCUAUAUGACGAAAGGAAGAAUAAUGAUGCAAAACAACGUCUAUUGAGUAAGCAACUUGAAGAAUGCCAAGGUCCGGCACUAUGGGUGUACAAUGAUGCCGUAUUUACCAAAGAUGACUUAAAGAAUAUAACUAAAUUACAUGGAGCUACAAAGAAGUCCAAGAAAACGAUAGGAAAAUUUGGCUUAGGAUUUUGUUCAGUGUACAAUUUAACAGAUGUUCCUAGCUUUAUAUCUGGUGGUUAUUUGGUAAUGUUUGAUCCACACGGAACAUACCUUGAAGGAGUAAACGCUCAAUUAAGGAGUGGAAUUAGAAUUCCAUUGUCUAAACAAAUGCUUAUAAAACGGUACGAAGACCAGUUUAAGCCUUACGAAGGGAUUUUCGGAUGCAAUCUGCUGAGUGAGUCACUACAGAACUUCAAUAAAUCUCUUUUCAGAUUACCUUUACGAACAGCAAAACAAGCCGAUGUCAGUGAAAUAUCUAAAAAAGUCUAUAACAAUGCUGAAGUCAAAGAGUUGUUAAGCAUGUUCAUGAAAACUGCAGGAAAUCUUUUGUUAUUUUGCCAGAACGUGAAAACAGUUAAUCUGUACCAUAUUCAAGAUGGCAUGUCAGUAACUAAAGCAAGCCUGUGUUAUACUGUUCGGAAAUCAUUGAUACCCUAUCUUCCUCUUGGCCGAAAUAUAAUACUAGAUGCCGGUGAACAUUUCGAUCAGAAAAAGGUUCUGAAUAUAAAUGAAACCGUUCGCAUCGAACAGGAAUUCUAUCCCUGUAACAUUUGGCUUGAAACGCCAUGUAAAACUAAAAAUCAAUCAACUUGGCUAGUCACUUGGAACAUGAACCCCCGAGAACACAUUACGACAGCUAUAGAACAUUUCCCACUCACGGCUGUUGCAACCCCUGUUGACAAAACGACAAAAAAAAUACUGCGGUUACACGAGCUUCCGUCGGGAUAUUAUAACGAAGGACACUUGUUUUGUUUCCUGCCUUUACCGGUGAGAACAGGAUUGCAGUUUCACAUAAAUGGAUUUUUUAAUGUGACUUCUGAUCGGAAAGGUCUCUUUGUUAAAACGGAAGAUGAUAAAUCUGACCCUGGGAAAAUAAAAUGGAACAACGAGUUACUUGCAAAGUCUGUGGUUAAAGCGUUUACAGAUCAUUUGAUGCAUAUUGUGAGUAUGGAUUUAAGGUGUGAAGGGAACAUUCCCGACGUGUAUGACUUAUGGCCAGAAAAAGAUAAGGAUGUUAUUGGUCCUUUUAUAACAGGGUUUUAUCGAAGCGUUAUUGAGGAAAAUAUUCCAAUAUUUAGGGGAAGGGAUUGCUAUUACGCCUUUGACGAAAUUCUUAUGUUAGAUGCAAGAAUUCAAGAUAGUAAAAUGGAAGACAUAUGUUACAAUAUGCUUAUUAAUAUCCCUAUUGAUCAAUCGAAGUCUGUGAUUAGAAUUCCAAGAUUUGUUUACAAGAAUAUACAAAAGUAUAAUAAAGAAAAGAAACAUCUUUUCACAGAUACCGUUUUGUCUAUGACAAAGAUACUGCCAUUUUUUCUUUGCUCGAUUGAAUCGCCGUACUGGGCUGAUAAGGAAGAGGAGAGAAAUUAUUUACUGUGUUAUGCAGUUCUUCAGGACGAUCCUGAAAUUGUUAAAGCUCUAAAGGAAAACAGAUGUUUUCCCACUGAACCGAAUGGAACGUUUAAGAAAGUGUCUGAACUUGUACGACACGAUUCAAAUAUAGCCCGUAUGUACCAAGCUAAUGAGGAAAUAUUCAUCUCAUUGAAAAGUGGAUUGCGCGAAAAAAACAUAAUGCUGAAGCUUAUACAACUCGGUAUGCAUGAUAAAUUCCUACCCGCGCACAUGCUCCUGGGCAGAUGUCAGAGUGUUUUGAGACUUUCGAAAAAUUGUGUAGAAUGCUGCAGGUCACGGAUUAAAUGUAUUUUGUCGUAUUUGAAAACUACUGAAGGGCAACGUGCGUUGGUCGAAACAGAUGAACUUAAAUCAGUAAAAAGAACUUACUUCCUCCCAGUCCUGACAACACCUACUGACUGGAAAUUCUCAUGGAGAGCCGAGUCAUGUGAACAUAUUGUCGUUUGUGAUACAAAGAAACGGUGUAAAAUGCAUUCGAUUUCUUCAAGGACGCUACUACUAGGACAACCAAAGCAUUUAUUUCCAUACAGCUUCAGUCUUUGUGCUGGGUCAGUAGAAUGCAUAUUCGAUGAACUAUUUGACGGACAUACUCCCCAAGCUUUGAUUACCUUAUUAGGACUCGCUGAUAGUAAGUUGCUAUCAAUAGACAUUCUGGUACGGCAACUUGACUGUUUAGCCACUGAAUUUACAAGCCCGCAUGACCAUUAUAACCAAACAACGCAACGUAUUUAUGAGUCGAUAUACAAUGCAUUUGAUAGGUUGUCAGUGAAUCUAACAGAUCAGCAAGUCGAAGAAUCUAUCAAAUCAAGUUCCAAAACUAUUUUAACGAAGCCUAUCGUUUUAGUGGUUGAUACAGUUGUGUGUCCAAGUAACGUUGUUUUCAAUAUGAAAAGAUCGUGUCCUCCUGACCUUUUUGGUUUGCACAAUCUAUCGGAAUCACAGAAAAGAGUAUUUCACAAGUUUGGAGUUAAGUCUGAAUGUAGUGUUGACGAUAUUAUAAACAUUCUCAAACAGAAAAAAGCUAAAUGGAAAGGGAAACAAUGCAACGAAGUCCAAAGCAUUGUAAAUCUGCUUAUUAAUUUUGAAAAUGGUAUGAGUAAAGAGAGUAAGACUUAUGAUGACAUACACGUCGAUGAUCGGGACUUUAUUGUUGCACCGAAUUCAGAUGGAUAUCUUCAUCCAACACACAUGCUUGCGAUAGAGGACCCCGAGAUAAUUACUUCAAAAGGUCUAAUGUUGUUACAUGGUGAUAUUGCACCGAAUCUAGCAAGAAAGAUAGGAGUGCAGACAAAAAGGGUCCAAUUCCUGCAAAGCAUAUCUACUGCUGUGCCAUUUGGUCAACGCGAGAAGUUAACAACUAGACUUAAAGGUCUUUUGAAAGAUUAUCCGUGCGAUGAAGGCAUAAUGAAAGAAUUGAUACAAAAUGCUGAUGAUGCAGGGGCGACAGAAGUACAUUUUAUAAAAUUCUACGGACGCCAUGAGUCAAAAAGGGCAAAAUCAUUAGAACAUCAAGGUAAUGACCUUCCAGCGCUUUGUGUAUAUAAUAACAGUUUUUUUAAUACAGAAGACUUUAUAGGGAUUCAGAACCUAGGCGAGGGAAGUAAAUCAGACGACCCUACUAAAACUGGUCAAUUUGGUGUUGGAUUCAACGCAGUCUAUAAUUUGACAGAUUGUCCUUCGUUCUGGACAAAAGGACCUGGAUUAGACGAAGAGGGAGAGUUGGUAUUGUUUGACCCUUUGCUGAAAAGCAUCGGAGAUUACUCCCAAGGCGAACCAGGUAUACGUUUCAAAGUGAGCGAUCUUAACAAAGAGUUCCCUGGUACACUUAAAAACUACCCACCAUUUGUUUCUAGUAAGGGAACCGUGUUCAGACUUCCGCUUCGGGCAACAUCAUCCCCGCUAAGUAAAUAUUGCAUUACAGAAAAACAGCUAGACGAUAUUAUGUUAAAGUUCACCAAAAAUACGGCUGAUUGCUUACAUUUUCUUAAACACGUAACUUGUAUAAAAUUUAUGACAUACAACAAGGGUAAACUGUCGGAAGACUUUAAAGUGCAAACGUUGCUGUCUCGGGAGGAUGAACAAAACCGUUCACAGUUUUUCACAAAGGUCAAAUCUGUUUGCGAACAGAACAAAGAAAAUAAGCUGGGCAAUCUGUCUGUGGAUUUAUUUGAAACGACCUAUAAAAUGACCGUUAAAAGCAGUUACAGCAAAGACGUUAAGUGGUUAGUUACUAAUACAUUUGGAGUAAAGCAAAGUGAUCAACCGCUUGAAGAACAUAUUACACAAGCGUUCGACGGAGGCGAACUUGGCUUGCUUCCUUUCGCCGGUGUUUCCGUAAGGCUGCCACAAGAAAGCUUUAAGUCUUUAAUCGAAAGUCGGGUAAAAGAAAAAUACCACAGCAAAACCAACACUGAAUUCAGUCCGAUCAAAGGCGUGGCCUACUGCUUCCUUCCUCUUCCUAUACACACCGGGAUGCCUUUUAAUGUAAACGGACAUUUUGCAUUGGAUCGAGGACGGCGUGGGUUAUGGGAGGAGGGUUUCAGAAAGUCCUGGAAUGAAUGUGUGCUUUCCUGCUUGGUCACCGAGGCACUGAAUAUUGCGCUUAUGUACUUACAAAAGUAUUUUGAACAAGAUUGCAAGGAUAUUUGGCAUAGACAACUUAUAAUGAAUGAAUGUGUGUCCCUGUAUUACCAGCAUUUUCCGUGUUUACCUGUGUCAGAAGGUGCAUAUUGGAAUAAUUUUGUGACAUCAUUUUAUCAAAGAGCAUUCGCAGAACGGUUCACUGUUUUUCCGGCAUUAACAACUACCUACUCAAUCGAAAACCGUACCUCCGUUAAACUCGAUUGGGUGUUCCCAAGUUGUGAGUCCGAUAACACCGGCGGAGUAUUUAACGUAGUGCGAUAUUUUGUGAAGGAAGCAAAUAUGUUUGAACAUAAACAUGCAAAGAAUGUAGAAACAACAAUGGACAUUAUGGGUAUAAAAUUAAUACACGUUCUUAAGUGCAUUGUAGAUACCUUACGUAAAACAAAAUGCGACUGCGCUUUAUAUGGAGAUCCUAAUUUUGUUAUACAAAUUCUUAAAAAGAAUAUAACAGGUUUGGAACUGGUACAAACAUCCGUUCUACAAAAUGUGGAGGUUGUUGAAAGUUUGUUAAGGUAUGUUUGGAUUGCGGAGAAUUUCAAAGAUAAAUUAGUGGAUCUUCCUCUUUGUUUGACCAAUGACUCUAUUCUACGACUGUUCAGCAAGAAUUUUCCAGUUUUCUGCACUGAAUAUUACGGCCUGCUGCCGGGGUCGCCGGACAAAUUUGUACACGCUAACCUUUUGUCUUGGUUGUCACCAAAAAAUGUUUUGUUGGAGUUGAACGUCGUGAUCAAUUUCGAAGUUCAGAAUAUGUUAGAGUUAUUGCCAAUGUCUUAUCCCGACAUAUAUUGCCAUUCAACAAAUGUUCGUUGGGACAAGACUCAUAUCGAAGAACAUGAACGAGUGAAGCCGGAAAUGAUUGUUUCAUUCUUUAACUUCAUUGAGAGCAAGUCAUUUGUGAAAUGCAAAAUAACUUCUAGUCCGGUCGUAGAUGAUGACUUGUUUAAGAAAAACUUGUGCCAAUUUGCCGAUUGGUCGUUUUUACCCUCUGUGAGUUGUUUAGGAAAAAUGAAAACAUUUGAGCUGAUCCCCAUAAAAAACCGACACCACCUUCUAUUCGAAUCAUUUGGAAACGAAACACUGUUCACAAUUAUACGAAGAUUGAAUAUUCCGUUACUAGACAGAUCUUUGUUUAAGCAUUCAACGAUAUCUUACCGUUUAGGCACGUUGUUGCCUUCAACGACGAAUCCUAGUGAGUUAUUGAAAUGCCUCGUUUACUACAAAGCGCGGAUCGCCGCAAAUGAUGUGAAAACAGACGAAGUUGCUACAUUAUUGAACUUCUUUUAUGAAAAUAGGAAAAAGCUAGAAAAAAGCCUUACAAACAGGACAGCCUUUUUAAUUAAGUCUCUUCCCUUGUACGAAACUCUUCCCGAUGGAACCUAUAUCAAUAUCGAAGACAAAAGCAAUGUUGUGAUAAUGCCUUCUUAUUUGCCAACGGAAGGAUUGUGCAACUUGGCACAAACCAUAUCUGUUUGGUUUUUACAAAAUCACUUCAAUCUUCUUGUUUUGUAUGCUUAUUUGGAACUUCCGAGACCAGCAUCUAUUGAUGUUUACCUGUCUUAUAUAUUACCACACUUUGGUUUGUUACAAGAAAGUUGUUGGAUGCAUCACUUACUGUACAUAAAAGACAAUUUGCUGCUUGUACCGUUUGGUUCACAAUUAUCAAAAAAGCAGAAAGCUGUUUUAAACAUCUUAAAGCAAACAACAUUUAUUCGAAAAAAUGGUCAACUAAAACUUGUAAAAGAGUUAUAUGAUGAGGAACACGAGGUUCAUAGGAUAUUCAUGAGUGAAGAUAAAUUUCUUCCAAAUGAGUUUCGAAAUGAAACAUGGAACGAAUUCAUGAUACAAUUGGGGCUUAUUACAAAACCAUCCGGUCAAAUGGUGAUCGAUUUUGCGAAGGAGCUGGCACAAAUGGUUAAUAUAGAUGAAGCAGACUCUCUAGAUCGAAAGUCUAGGGUUCUUACCAAUUGUGUUUUUGGAGAAUAUGGAGACAAGUUUGAUGAUCAAACAUAUUUUGAUUUAAAACAUAUAAAGUUUGUUCUUCCCCAUCAAGUGACCGAAGCUAAACAAACGAUAUUCAGGUCCUAUUCUACAGAAGCUAUGUUUAUAUCAUUAAACGGCACAUGCAGUUCUAGAUUCGAAGACGUUUGCUGGAGUAGUGUUAGCCUAUUAAAUUCGGUACCCGAUAAUGACCGUAUGCAAAAGUUAGGCAUUCUAGAUAUGCCAACAGUAGAUUCAGUAAUAAGUCAUUGUCAGAAUAUAACUGAGGUAUUUUAUGAAGAUUUUGAAAACAGAGGAGAUAUUGAAAAAGACACAAAACGGUACUACAUGGAACAGAUAUAUGAAUAUUUAAACAAUACGAAUGAGCUUACACGGCCUGAACGUUUGAAACACACCCGUUUCGUCUUGAUAUCAGAUGAAAAGGCUAUGGUGAAAGUGUCGAACGUGUUUACAGGAUCUUCAAAAGAGCAGGCUAUUCCCCCAUAUUUAUUUCAAGCUCCGAAGGAAUUCCGAAAAUAUUUUGAUCUGUUUGAAAAAAUUGGGGCUAAAGAUUCAGUAUCAUAUAUCCAUUAUGUUUCUGUUUUAAACGCAGUAAAUUCUGAUUUCGAAGGAGAUUUGCCUAAAACAACGUUAUAUCUUGUUUCAAAAGCGGUUGAGAAAUUGUUUGAGCAACUCCUGAUAUACACAGCGCAGUCAUCAGACAGUGUCGACAGUAACAUCAACUUAUUUUUACCGAAUUCAGAACAAGUUAUGUCACCUUCUGCCAGUUUGACAAUAGAUGAUAAUUAUGAUUUUAGAACUAAACUGAAUGGAAAAUUGGCCAUAAAUUACUUUGUGGGUUUCAGGCAAUUAAAUGUAUUGAAGUUCAGUGAUCCAGUGAAACCGUUUCUAUCGUUGCCUAGUCAAAUACGACCUGAGAUUCUUUCCGAAGUAGUGUCCGAAAUAGUAAUUACGAAUGAAAUGGAAAUUGUCGAAAGCAGCGUUGAAGCAGACGAUUGGGAACACUUUUUACAUUCGACAGAGUUUGUUGAAGGUAUCAUUCGUUUACUUCGGCAUCAGUCUGAAAAAGAAACUGCGACGAAUUAUAUUACCGAAGAAGAGGAAAAUGAAAUCAUGCAAAAACUGUCAAAUGUAAUGGUUUCGCAAGUGAAUGGGUUAAAAACCAAACUUGCAUACAAGGGUGAAAUAAUUCAAGGUACUGAUACAAAAAAAACUUGUUUUGUUUCCAAAAUGACAAACAAUGAGGACCGUACUGACUGCGAAUAUUAUCAGUUUUAUUUCCAAACAAAUAUAACAAGUAGAAGCAUGUUAAGCAUAGUCCUUGUAGCGGAAGAAAAUGGACUUAUAGUGCUGGUUGAUCUAUGUACGUUGGGGAAGUUCUCAAAAAGAUGUAGUCACAUAAUGAGCUAUUUGCUAGAUUUCAGAGACAAACCACAUGAGAUAUCUUUAGAACUGGACCGACGUAAAAUUGCCGCAUACAAUUUGCCACUUUCAUAUCAAGGAUCAGUCUUUCCAAAUCCGGGCACAUAUGUAGAAGACCGAUUCUUGCCCUUUCUGGUUCAAGGGAUUAUUCCAUUUAAAAAGCACGAAUACAUGUUUGCUGCACUUGAAAUCGAAUUUGAUGACGACGGUGAAGAUCCAGAAAAUGGAAUUGUAACGUAUAUAUACGUGCAUAUUUUAAGUGAAAUAGCAAGUUCCAAUGGUUCAAUACAUCUUGGCAUUCGAUAUAUCGUUAAUGUGGGAGAUCGAUACGAAGAGACUGUCGAAGUUCCAAUUUAUCGACUUUAUAGAUUUUUGCCGCAAACCCAAGAGAGUUCGCAAGAUGUAGUUGUGUUUGACUCUGAGCCAGUCGGGGCAAUAGCUUUUGACGAAAAUUGCCGUCGUAUAAGAGAGAUGUUAACAGAAGCAUUCCGACUUGGCGAUCAAGCAUUGAAAAUCGUAAUUCGACGUCUAAUUAAAAAAUGGCACCCUGACAAAAAUGUCGGAAAUGAAAGCUAUUGUACGCGAAUAUAUAAUUACUUAAGAGAACUUAUUUUACGACUUGAGAGGGGCGAAAGUAUUAACGAGGAAAUAGUGAAUGCUACCACUGGAAUGUCAGCCCCAGAUAUGUCAGGCUCGAGUUAUAAGACAACAACAGAGAGAGCAUAUCAAACAGGGGGAACAUACGCUCGUGGAUACAGAGCAAACAUUGACGAAUACAAUAGGUCAUUUCGCCAGGGUCAUUAUUCGCAUCGAUCAUCCGAUAGUACUCCAAGACCUAGUAUUGGAGAGUCUAGAAGAUGGCUGAGACAGGCGAAGCAAGACUACUCGGCCGCUAAAAGAGCUCUAGAAUGCACGGAGCACAUUCAACAAAAGAGUUACAAUUGGAUAUGCUUUAUGUGCCAUCAGGCUUGUGAGAAGGCAUUAAAAGCAGUCUGGUUUUCCAAAGACGCAAACUUAUGCCCACAGAGAGUCCACAGUCUUACCUCUAUUGUGCGUGGUCUAGAUCAUGCCGAUCUUCAACAGGAGGCAACAUUGUUUGAGGGACGUCUACAGAUAGAAGGUAGACAAUAUUUUAGACUUCGAUAUCCGGAUUGUGUAGCUGGAAACAAUAUCCCUUCUGAUAUGUUUCAUGAUGACGACGCUAGAUUUGCCGUGGAAUCAGCAAAACGCAUGUUGGAUAUAGUCGAUGACUUUACGAAUUAAGGACCCGUCAUUAUAUCAAAACACUCAGACGACACCAGCUGUUUGCCGUCAGUGUUAAAUAGUAUAUAUAUUGUGUUUAUAUUUUGUUAUGAAAUGUUCACUGCUAUUAGUGAAAAACAGUUGAUUAUCUGUGAACGUAACCAUAAACAUGUAAAUGGUUUGUUUGAAUAUAAGUAAUAGUAUUACCCGUUGAUAUGUAUGUGGUAUAGCAUAUUUUUAAUAGUGUUGUAGCUUAGGACAUUAAAAUAUU